ACAAAACAAAACCCUUGUCUUCUCUAUCAGUUCAGUUCAUCAAUGUUUCUCUUCUCCAGGGUCUACCACCUCCAAAUCCAAUCCGCCACUGCCGACUCCUGAUCUAAUCUCCUAAUCUAAUCUUCUUUUGCAGUGGAGACUUGAGAGAGAGAGAGAGAGAGAGAGAGAGAGAGAGAGAGAGAGAGAGAGAGGAGGGAAGGAAUUAGGGUUUUUGAGAAGAGAAUUGAAUCUGCCAAUGUUGGUGAAAGGGAGGAAGGUUUCGGCUGGCCGAGGAGGAGAGGCAGUGGGUGGUGGGAACUAUGCAUUUGGCCCUGCUGACGAUGAGGUUAUCAUCAAGCACAGGCUUCUCACUCGCACCACCACCACCCGAGGCGAACCCCCUUUGAAGAAGCUUCAGAAGAAGUUUACUUCUUUCUUCCUUGAGACUGACAAGGACGACGACUCCAACUAUGCCGACUGUGAGAGACUCUCCAAGGCCUUCUUGCAGGAGCUUUCUACUUUUGAGAUUCCUCUGCUUAAGAGCAGAGCUGUUGUGGAGGCCAACCUCCGCGAGAAGGACAACUUCAAUGAGUUGAAGGAGGAGAUCAAUUCCCAGAUUCUACAAGCUCACUCCGACAUUUCCCAACUCAAGAUUCAAUUGGAGGAGAGUAAGAUUGAGAGGCAACACAAGGAGGAGUGCGAGGCUAUCAGGAAGUUGAUCGCCGCCCAGCCACCGCGCUCCCAAACCCAGAAGCUCAUUGCCGAUUUGAACAAAGAGAUUGCUGCUCUUGAUGCUGAGAACACUGCCACUUCAAGGCUGCUUGAGCUCCGCAAGAAACAAUUUUCUCUUGUGCUUCAUUUGGUGGAUGAGUUGCAAACUACAAUAGAGGAGGAACAGAAGACUAUGAUGGAGGAGAUGAGACUGGCAACGGAGGAGCACAAGAAUGGACUGGAGGAGGCAAUUGGGGGUUCGGAGACCAUGGCAAUUGAUUAGUUAGUUUCUCUUUCUGUAUUUAAGAAAGGUUAGGUUAUGUUAUGUCCUCUUUGUAUCUUUUGUGCAUUGUAUUGUCUUCCCAAUCCCAUGUUCAGGAACACAUAUACAUUUUUAUCAUAAAAUUUUGCACUUCUUCCAAA